UAUGGUAUGACAAGCUCCAGCACCCUGGUGCAGCAGCAGCAGACCAUGGAUCCCACACCCCAGGGACAACCAGUGGAGGGAGGCCGCUGCUCCUGCUGUCCCUAUGGCUACCACAUAGACUUGGACUUUGUGCGCUACUGUGAAGAUUCCCAGAGUGGGACCAUGCUGAAACAACUGAAGAAGAUCAAACGAGACAAGAAGCGUCUUCGUAAAUCCAUGGAGGUUCAGUUACAAGGCCAGCAGAUAGAAACCGAUUAUGAGCCUCGUCAGGAAAUGGUUGGAUAUGAUUCUGGCACUAAUAGAUAUUUGAAUGAUAUAGACUCUUCAGUUGAUACCACCCUGCAUACAAUUGAUAAAGUAAUAAAGCAGACAUCUUACAGAACAUACAGUGCAGGGGAUAGCGAUUUCAGCCCUAGUCCAACAUCGCCUACCAAGUUUACAUCCACCAUGUACACAACAAACCGUGCCCUGGCAGGUUCAAACAGCUCCAUUUCCUCCCAGACCACUGUCAACAGUGAAAUGUCGGCUGUAAACGGGAGCCCUGGACCAGAGCGCUACACCACAGUGACAGCUCAGCUAGCUGCAGUACUGGCAGCUCAUUUACCCAGACCUGACCCAUCUGGAGAGGCAGUUCCAAUCUAUCACCAGUCCUUGAUAGAGCUUCGCCAGCAGUUAGCCAUAAGCUUGCAGAAAAUGAGAGAUCUUGAAGAACAAGUCAAGUCAGUCCCACUCCUUCAGACGAGAAUGUCGGUGCUGAAAGAGGAGAAAAGAUUGUUGGAACUGCAGCUGCUGGCCAAGCAAAGUAAACCUACCAGCACCUAUAGCAUUGGUGUUGGAGAUUACAGGGUGGACGUAGAAGAACCAAGAGCACCAAGAAGACCAGACAUGAGAAGUAUUGGGGUAGGAAACAAGAGUGUCACUGAGCUAUACACUCUGCAGCCCCACCUACUUGAAAGUCAAACCUUGGAAAAAGAGAUGCAUACCCAGCGAUUGAUCCGUGAAAAGGAAACUAAGGUUGUUGUAGUUGGGCAAGAGCAGAGACCCACCAGCCCCUACAGCCCAAUGAUCAAGACCAUGGAGAGAAAGCCUAUAACCAGGAGUGUUGGAGUUGGGGACGGCAAUGUCUUUGAGAAAGAUCAAAUGCAAAUUCAAGAAAAGGAACUCCGAACAAUUAUCAUUGAUAAAGAAGCCAAAAAGCAGACCAGGAAUGUUGGAAUAUCCGUGCGUGUUCCAAUGAGAGAUGUUGGUGUGCACUACCAUUGUGAGGCAGAGAAGCCAAGCCAGAGGGAUGUUGGUGUCAGUGUGGGAACCAGAGACACAUUUACUUCCACCACAACUUAUGAGACCUUCCGUGCAACUACCAUACUCCAGAGCUUGUUCCAGUUGCAGCAUAUUAGUGCUCCAGAGAUUCGCAAUAUCAUCUCCACAAUGCUCCAUAGGGAUGUGGCAAGCAAAAGCACCAUGACAGACGUAAGCUUCAAGUCUGGUGUAGACAAGGAAGUGCUCACUGACAAAGUUCACACAGUGGAUGAAGCCAGCUCAAGUGAUACCAUUGAUGUUGAAGUCAGACCCAUAAAAGAAUAUAGGUCAGUCUAUGUGGAUGCAGAACCGAGCACUGCAAACAAAGCAACAGGGAUAAAUUUUAUAUCGAAGAUGGACUUUGGUACCAACACAGUUACUGUACAAAAGAAAAAUUCAGCUACUAGCACAACUCCAAAACUUAGCUUCCCUGCAGAGACUCAGACGAUUUCAGUGCCAUACAUCUCCAUGGGAACAGAAACAGACAUGAAGAUCUUCUUAGCAACAGAACAGAUAAGAAAUCAGUCCACCAACACAGAUGUGCACUCUACAGUCACACAAGCAGUUGGCACUAGAGAUGAUGAUAGCGAUUUCUACUUGAGAAACUUUGGGACAAACACUGAAAAAGUACAGACUAGGUCCAAGGGUGUUGGUGACGGACGUGCUAUGGUCCGUGAGAAUACAGAGGGCCAAGUGGUGCAGCAGCAGCAGCAGGUAAAAGAGGUUUCAAAGCAGCAGUCUUACCAACCACAGCAACAGCCUACGCCAAAAUCUUCGCAAGACAGGGUGGUUACUGAAACCAUCACAACAUAUACUUCCCAGGUACCAAGUGUGGUUCGGAGGGUCAAAAACACUCACUUAGACAAAGAAACACUUGAGACUCAGCGCAGGAGUUUACUGGGCUUAGAUGAUGCGGCAACACAACAGUUGCAGGAUACAAGUCUCAGGGACUUGGUCUCAUCUUCUGUAACCAGAAGUUACAAAUCAAAGGCAACAGGAGGACAAGAAAAGUCCGAUCAUAUGAGUGGAUUACACAUUGGAGAGUUGACCAAAGGAAAGAAGAUGCCAGAAGACCAGACAGAAACAUUUGAAGAAUGGGUAGAGAUCACUCCAGUAUACCAAGAGAGGGUGAUUGAAGCGCGCAGGAAGGGUGGAGAGAUGACUUCCUCUACUUCAGAAAGGACCAGGGACUUCUCCUCAUCUUCCUCUUCAUCAUCAGCAACAGGGAUGACUGUUUCACUUGACUCCACCGAUCUUGGCCCAAAGCAAGAAAUAAUUCCUCAUCACACCAUUUAUGGUGGAAAACGCAUUAUAGAUUCUUCGGUAGGUCAAGGCUACAAGCCUUCUGUAGCAACCUAUACCUCUAUGCGGAGUGCAAACCGCUCUCCAUCACCAACUGAGACCUCCUACAGAAUAACCGAAAGUCGAGAGAGAUCUGGAGGAGGAACUGUGACAGGAACUGUGGAAGGUGGAGACAGUGGGGUAACACAUACCACAGAGACAUAUUUCAUUUCUAAGAGAGGAAGUGGUGAUGGAAAGACUGGCACAUCAGGAGGAGGAGGAGGAGGAAGAUCAAGUUCAAGAGUUGAGAAAGUAAUCUCAUCGUCUGGCCCCCUUGAGGACAGCAGUGCUGGUGGUGGUUUCACAAAGAGAACAGAGUACAAUGUGACGUCAAGUGGCCAUGUUGGAAGCAGUGGAAGGAUUGGUGCUGGUGGUGGUGGUGGAGGCAGUGGCGGCUAUACAAGGAAAACAGAGAGGAUUAUCUCUUCCAGUACCAGUAGUGGUGGCAGUGGAGGAGUCAGCAGCACUGUGUCCAGUAGCAGUGGUGGUGGCGGCAGCGGGAUGGCAGGUUCUGGGAGCAGAAGUAGUGAACGCACUGUCACCUCCACAGUGCACCAUGAUCUGCCUUCCAAUAGGAAAUCAAGAACAGAAAAACGUGUGACUGUGUCUUCAACCGGCCAUAGUGGGGGUACUUCCAGAAUGGGAGGAGGAGAUGGCAGAACCUUUAAAACACAGAAAAUUGUGAUCAGCCCCACUGGUGAGAUGAGUGAAGACAUGGGAUUCCAGUCACAGGUUUCAAAUGCCGAGCAGCUCAUGAGUGAUUUCCACGGCCGCAUAAUGGGUAGUGCCAUGCAGGGGAUGACCAGUGGCACAGGUGGAGACAGGAAUGUUACAACCACUGUGGAAGAAUCCCCUGAUGGUGUCACUACAAUUAGAACAGAGAAGUCCAGUUACAGCAGCAGUAGUAGUAGUAAUAGGAUGGGUGGUGACGGUGGAUUGAACAUCACUGGCGGUGGCAUGGGGAGAGAGCAGCAUGCUAUGUUGUCAGGGCUUAUGGACAGUGGAAUUUCAAUGUCUGAAGGAACAGGGUUGCCAGCAGAAACCGUUUCCACCAAGUCAUUCUCAUACUCUGGCACUGGUGGUUUACGAGAGGCCCUGAACAUGUAUAAAAACAUACAAGAUAAUGAGCGUGAGAGCAUGAGUGACGGCAGUGGCAGGGUGACAUCAUUCCAGUCCUCUUCUACCACAACUUCCAGCUCUCAUGAGAGUCCCGUGAAGGAAGGUGUUACCAGGAUCGCUGUUACCCAUGCACCAGAGACGACAGGUGUCCGAGAGGUCAAGAGUGUUGUGGAGACUGACAUUGAUGCAGAUAUAACAACAGGUGAAACAACUACUACCAGCAGUAGCUCCUCUUCCACUUCUGCUAGCCGACAGACAAGUACCUCCUCCACCAAUGGUGCGAAUGGAACCAUUAGGUCCAUCAUGAAGAAGUCUAGCUACAAGAGCUCCAAAGGGUCUAGCAAGAAAGGAAUUUCAUUCUCGGAUGAUGUCACUGGAGGCUAUGCAAGUAGCUCUGGUGAGGAGGAGUCUGAGCCUGAGAGUGACGAGAGUUUCGAUGAAGGUUCCUAUGAUGGCCGCCACAUGACUAUAACAUACACCUGUAAGGAUGAUGAGAAGAUUGCUGAUGGCGCUCCAGGAACGGGCAUGUUUGACCAAAACAUCAGAGAAACCUAUGAAUUAUCUGAAGAGAUGCAGGCUUCCUGUGAGUUACUUUCGCGACAUUUGGAGGACCCAAACACUAUACCAACAGAGCAAGUGACUGCUGCUGCAACCAUUAUUCAACAAGAAUGGUUCAAAGCUGCUGGCCAAAAAUUGUCCAGCCCGUACAUGGUGGAAGAUUUCCUCUCCUGCUUUAAUGAAUACUCCAAAGAACUUCUGGAAAGAAUAGUGAAUAUGACAGAUACUAAUGGUAACACUGCCCUCCACUACUCUGUUUCACAUUGUAAUUGGGAUGUGGUCAGCUUGUUGCUGGACACUGGACUUUGUGAAGUGGACAAACCUAACCGAGCUGGGUACACUGCCAUCAUGCUUGCCUCUCUAGCAGAUGUACAGACUGAAGAACAGAAAGAUGUAGUGAAACAACUUUUUGAUGCUGGUGAUGUCAAUUCCAGAGCCUCACAGGCUGGCCAGACUGCCUUGAUGCUUGCUGUGAGUCACGGGCGUUUGGAAAUGGUGCGUCUGCUGGCUGAGGCUGGUGCUGAUGUAAAUGCUCAAGAUGAAGAUGGCUCCACUGCCCUUAUGUGUGCUAGCGAACAUGGCCACUCUGAGAUCGUACGGUUGCUGUUAUCCAUGGCAGAAUGUGAUGCUUCUCUUGCUGAUAAUGAUGGAAGUACAGCUCUUUCCAUAGCAAUGGAGGCUGGCCACAAGGACAUUGGGAUUUUGCUUUAUGCUAGACAAAACAUCAAAAGCUCACCAGAAGUGCGUAGGAGAGUGACCACCUUCGGCACGUCAUAUCAACGCAAAUACUAAAUGACUGCUUGAGUAAAAAAUGAAUAUGUCUGGUGCGAGUUGAAGUACAGGAUUACGUGGUGACGACCAGAUAUGCAGCUCCUCCCACAGCUUCUGCCAUGGAUAUUGCGAAGGAAAAUGAAACAUGAGGGGUGUUGUAUAGAAGAUUCAUAACCAGAACCAUGUGUACCAGCACACACUGCUGUUUAACUUGCAGUAGCAUAUAUGCCUUGUUUAAUCAGUGUUAUUGUAUUGUGAAUAUGUUAUAUAUUCCUACUGGUCAUAUUACUGCAACUUGGAAGAUAAUAUUAAUUGAAUAUUGUGAUAUGUAAGACACAGGGUUUGCCAAAAUUAGUUCUGUAGAAAAAAUAAGCAUUUUAAAUACUGCCAAUCUGCAGCCAUCAAACAGCAGGACAUUAUGAACUUUUUAUACGUGAAGAGAUGAAUACAAACAAAUGUAUUGUUCAUAGUCUUUUUAUUUUCAAUACUGUGCUAGUUUUCGACUGCAUAAGAUGUGCUUUUUACCAGACACAUUGUAACAGUAAGCUGCCAUAAAUAUUUAACAUUUGAGAAAAUUAUUAAGAAAACUUCCACAAAAAGUAUUAACAUAUUUACACACUCUCUCUCUCUAUAUAUAUAUAUAGCAAUAACGAUCAUGAAUUAUUUAUUCAUAUAAAUUUUGUGAGGUGCCGGUUGUUUGUACUUUAUUAUGGUAUUAUGCAAUAUAGUCUGCUGCCGACGUAGUGGUGUCUUCAAUACUAAAUGGUGCAGUUAAGAUGGCCUUGUAUUUUAAUAAUUCUAUUUUCAGAUAUAUUUCUUUGAAACAUAUACUAGACAGUUAAUCCUAAUAUGUGCAAACUCCACUUGAGCAUCUGCCUUUUGCAAAGGUUACAAUGAAGUGCCUGGAGGAAAAGCAAAAUUUGUAUGUUUUUAAUAUGUAACAUAUAUAUGUAUGUGAUUUGAAAUAUGAUCAUAAUAUACUAUAUUCAUUAUGCAACAAUUACUUUGGGGGUAUUUAUACCAUUGGGUGUGAAUAAAUAAUGCCUUGUGAAACUGAAUCCAAGGUUUUUUGAUACUAUCUGCCUUAGGAAUAUUUCACUUGGUUCAUAAAGUCAGUUGGUUCAUAAAGUUUCAAAAUACAUAGUGCCAGUCUCUUGAAGGGAAGGUUAAUUAACCUGAUGACUGGAAUUUAAAAUGUUACCAAUGGCUAUAAUUGUUAUUCUGUAACUGAUUUUAGAAAAUCAAACCAUUUUAAAGUAAUAUUUCACUAACACUGCUGUAACAAAGAUAACAUGGUUUUGAAGAAAUCUGCAUGUAAGACAUAUUUAAGAAUUUCAUCCAUUAUUCCAUGUGUAUUUAUUCAUACUAUCAUCGGUUAAAUAUUGUGCUUACACAUUGCAGCACAUUGUAUUUGCCUUCAUAUUACAUGUUGUCAGACCACACAAUAGGAAUUGUUUGCCCUUGGGUGACACAAUUAUAAUGAACCUUCGUAAACACGAUAAAUUGUAUUUUCCCAUCUUGUAGGAGAAGAUUUAAACUUAGAUGUAGACAAAUUUGGGAUGCACUUGUUGUGGAACUGUGAUGGUAUGGAACACUUUUGCAAUACUGUGCUAGACAUAGAGGUGAUAGGGGUUUGUAUAUUUAGAUUUAAUCAGAUGUGCUAAUGCAGCUGGAUAAGAAAUAUGAAAUAGGCUACAAUGAUCCUUAUUGAUUAUUUAGGAACUUUGUAUGGAUGUAUGCUAUAUAUCUAUUAAUAAUAAUAAUGCUUCCAAUAUUAAA